AUCACUGAGUCGAUAUACUUUCAAGAGGAUAUUAAAGAUGAAUUAAAACCAAACGAAGAAUUAUACAUUGAAGCAUCAGACUCUGUGAAGGGAUUACAACAGAACAACUUGAUUUAUAACAAAGAAAAUUACACAGAAAAUAUGACUGAAAAUGAGGGUGACGUGCCAGAAAAACAGGAGGAGGAGGAGGAGGAGGAGGAAAAGGUGACAAAAGCGGAAGAAGAAGAAGAACCAAUAAUUGAGGAUGUUACUGAGACGACCGAAAACCUUCCAGAGGAUAAAAUUAUGGACGAAAAAAAAGACGAGGGAGAAGAGGAACGCGAAGGUAGAGAUGUUAUCAUAGAAAAAGUCAUCACUGACGAAGAUGAAGAUAAGAUCGAAGAAAAGAAAUUCCCAAUUUCUUUCUUCCCACCUGAUAUCGCAGAAGAGUUGAAAGUAUUGAAUGAGAAAUGUAUUACACUAAACAUUGAAAUUCAACAAAUACGUGACGAAAUUGAAGAUUUAUCAGAGAAACAUGACUUAACAGAAGAGGAAACACAGUUAAUUAAAAUGAAACAAGAGGCUCUCCUAUUGAAAUUAGGCGAACUCGAGCGGCUGACGGAGCAAUCUCGAUUAACGAUGUUAAAAAAUCUAGAGAUACCUUAUGAUGAUUCGUUAGAACCCGAUAAAAUACGUGUUAUGGAGGAAAUUGAAAAAAUACCUGAAGAAGAGGAAAGAGAUGUAGAAACGCUCAAGAUUCAAGAGAAAGAUCGCUUUGAACUGCCACGAAUAAAGUAUCCUGAAGAUAAGCUGCCGAGAGUAAUCGUUUGCGGCCCCUCGGAAGAUAAGUUUCCAAAAAUUGUAAUAGCGGACAGCGAACGGAAAGGAAGAGGAAAAUGUUUCGAACGUUUAACCGGCCAGUUGACAGAGUCAUUAACGAUGCAAGAGAAACUUGUUAAAGAAAAUGCUCAGCUGGAAGGUGGAAAGUACAAACUAGAAGAAGCUUUACUGGAAAAGGACGCAGCCAUCGAUGGUUUAGAAAGGAAAGUAUGUGGCCUGCAAGCGGAAAUGCGUAUGAUCGUCAAAGAGAAUAAGGAAUUAAACAGUCGAUUGGCCACUUUGAGUCAGCUAAUGACCACUCCUACUUGCGGUUAUAGCAUCAGUCCAGGUGUUAACCAAACAUCCCAAUUAACAUCACCAUCAAUACCAACGCAUUCAUAUGCCAGCGCGCUGCCUCGCGACGACACGUCCUGUCAAUGCAAAUGCUGUUCCCGUCAGCCACAGUUCGCUGACACUUUGUCAUCGACUGCAGGAACCGCAUGCUUUUCGCCAAGACUUACUGGGGGUGGAUCGGUAACAGAGGCGCCUUAUCUCGAAGAUAAUUCCGCCAAGAACAUUCCGCCAAACACCGAGAUGUGCACGCGAGGUGUUAUCCCUGGUGUGAAAACAUCGCUUCCUCAAGGAACAUGUCCCGCAGAAUUGGAGGAUCAACUCAUGACUUACGACACCAGUGCCAAACAGCUAAAACAACAAUUAGGCAGUAUGGAGUGUGAGAUACGCAACAUGCAGGUGGAAUUAGCGAACGUGCAACGGGAGCGGCAGCAAUUGGAGCAACAACGUAAAUUACUCAAAUGCACAGGACCUUGCGCACCGUGUAUCUGUCCUCCUCCGGUUUCGACGUGCGUGACACCCUCGGCGUUGAGAUCUAUUUCGCCGAAAGGGCCCGAAAGGGCUGCACCGACGGUGCAGAUGACUGCGCCGCAAGCUAUACCUCCGAAAUGCACUGGUUCUUGCACAAGUGCACCUAUGGGCACCAGCACUCAGCAGCAAUUCCGCGAUCUUCGCGAACAAUACGCUCGACUGCAGGAAGAUUAUAAAAACAAGUUGUGCGAGGUAUCGUGCAUGAGAAUUGACGCGGAGAAAAUGAAGCAGGAUCUGCGCGAUGCGAAGGAGGAGAAAGAACGAAUAGAGAUCAAGAUGAUAGACGCUCAAGAACGACUGAAACUCAUAGAGGAGGAAAGGGGAAACUUCGAGGGCCAUAAGGAGCAACUCGUCGAGCAGGAACAGGCUUUAAUGGUGGCGAAACAGCGAAUGAGAGAAACGCAAGAUGAACUAGAGGAACUUCGUUCUACCACUCAGGAUCUAUCGGCUCAAUUGGAGGAUUAUCGCAAUAAAUAUCUGCAGGCCCAGCAACAAGUUGAAGAGCAACGAAGGCAGAUGGAUCUUAUGGAAAUGGAUAACGCGCGGAUGAACGAGAACGUCACUUUGGAAAUCGGUCGUGUUAAAAAUCAAUUCCAAGAAAAAUUAGCCGAGCUUGCGCCAUUGCCCGACAUCCUGAAACAGUCGCAAACAAAGUUGCAAGAGACACAGCAAAUGCGCCUGAUCGCCGAACGCAAUUGCGAGGAUCUGUCGCGGGAAUUGCAGGGAUACAAGGACAAACUUCAGAUUCAACAAAAUGAAAUGGAAGUGUUGCACGCUCAGUAUCAGACACUUUUGGGCGAAAGGGGACAAGGGACCGGUCGAUUCGAAGAGAUAGAGAAGAAGUGCGGUGAACUGCGAAACGAAAAUGAAAGAAUGAAGAACACGCUGACACGACUGGAAGAGCAAAAGGCGCAACUUCAAAAGCGCAUGGACGAGAAGAUGCACGAAAAUACGCAACUGUUGUCGCAGCUGGAACAAGUAAGAGAGGAGUCUGCGCGACAAGUAGCGAGAACGAAAGACCGAUGCGAAAAUUUGCGAUGGUCGAUGCAACGUCAGAUCGCUGAAAUGGAGAGAGAAUUGGCACAAUGUAGAGCAACAGCGCGGGCUGCACAGCGAGAUAGAGACGAAAUCAGACAAAAGAUGCAGAGUCAAAUAAAUAACUUGAACGAGGCCUUCGAACAAGCACAAGGGCGCAUAAGAUCUCUGCAAGGCCAUGUGAACUAUCUCAAGACCUCUUACAGUAACAUUCUUAUUGGCCAAGGAGAGACACCGACUAGUGUCCCAACGGGAGAUGCUCCAGGCUUGGGAUAUGAUUCUUGCGACUGCAAUUAUUAAACGGUUCAUGUGAUUUUCAACAUAAUAUUAUAUUUUAAUUCAACAUAACGAAUUUUACGAUAAUAAAUUGCCACGUAUUACCGCAUAUAUUCUGGUUGCGCACAUUUUUAUUUCAUACGAUACUGACUACUGACACAAUUUGACAAAGUCAUUUUGUAAAAAUAACUUACAUACUCUGUCGUUUCUUUUAUAAACAUAUAUAAACUAUAAAUGAUAUUUUUUAAAUCAGAAAAGGAACUUAUAAAGCCAAUAUAUAGCCGUUAUUUAUUAAUUUUAAUACAUUAACACGUUCACACGCUAUCAGCGUUACACAUAUGCGUGACUGAUCACAGUCUAUGUCACAUAUAUGACAGCGAUCAUUUUCUUACAUCCGCAAUCAUUUUUCACGACUAUUUUUUUUUUAUAUAAACAAAUUGUCUGUUUUAUACAAUUGCAUAAGAAGAAAUACAGGAUGAAUUGUGAAACGGAUUUCCCAAAUGAAUCGUGAUUACGAACGUGCUAAUCUCAACCAAAAACCGGCAUAUACGACUAUUGGAUAUGCGUAUAUCUGUUGCAAACAUUUGCGUUUUAUUAGAUGUAUAUUUUAUUUAAUAAAUCGACUAUAUGUAUGUUUCUUA